AUGGCCGUGCUGUCCAAGUCCGACGCAGCGUCUGGCGUCGUCUCGAUCGCCUCUGUGAUCGCGCUCGCAAUCGGCAUCCGUGAACAUGGACAGAAAAAGGCGAACGCCGGAUCCCAGACCCGGUCCGAGUUCAUGACCCAGAAACGAGGCAGUCGCCAGCGAGUGGCGAUAAACAAGGCGUUCUACCGCCGCUUCGUGCAGCUCUUUCAAGUGAUCGUGCCUGGCCCGUUCACGGCCGAAACGGGCUUUGCUGCUCUUGUCGCCGUGAUGCUCGUGGCUCGCACGUCCUUUGACAUCGCCGUGCUGCACACGUUCACAGCCAUUGAACGGGCGAUUAUCUCUCGGUCGCGGACGGACUUUUUGCGCCACUUGCGGCGGUUUGUUGCAAUGAUGCUGCCCAUGAGCUGCAUCAAUAGCCUGCUCAAGUACGGCCACGCAGAGCUCGGGCUGCGCUUUCGGACGCGCCUGACGCGGUACUUAUACGCGCAGUAUGUCAAGGGAUUCGUGUACUACCGCGUAUCGAACUUGGACAACCGCAUCUCGAACGCCGACCAGCUGCUGACAGUGGACGUGGAGAGGUUUUCCAACUCGGUCGCUGACUUGUACUCCAACAUGUCCAAGCCACUGUUGGACAUUGUUCUCUAUGCCGUAAAACUCUCGUCGACGAUUGGCGUUGAAGGUCCAGUGAUUAUGCUGAGCUACUUGGUUGUGUCCGGCUUCUUCCUCACGUGGUUGCGUCAACCGACGAGUCGAUUCACGAUCGCGGAACAACAGAUGGAAGGUACUUUUCGCUUUAUGAACUCGCGGCUCAUCACGCACAGCGAGGAGAUUGCGUUUUACAACGGCAAUGUCCGCGAGAAACGCAUCUUGGACCAGUCAUUCAAUCGACUCAUCGAUCUCGUGCGUAGCUCCCAGCAGUUUCGGUUCUCUAUGAGCGUUAUUGACAACGUGGUGGCCAAAUAUUCGGCCACAGUUGUCGGCUAUGCUGUGUUGUCAAAGCCCUUUUUGGACAUGUCGAACCAGCGACUGGAGACCUCAACGUAUGCAGACCGAAUGGAAGAUUACUUUCGGUCUGGAAAGAUGCUGCUGAAAAUGUCUGAAGCAAUGGGUCGUCUGGUGCUUUCCGGUCGUGAACUGUCGCGCCUCGCAGGAUUUACAGCGCGUGUUACGGAAAUGAUUGACGUUCUGUCCGAUCUGGACCAGGGAAAGUACCAGCGCACGAUGCUCCAAAGUGAGAGUGUGGAUCUUGUGGGAGAAUCCAAAGCGCAAUCUACUUCAGCUGAGUCGCUUGGACUGUACCCGAACAAGGGCAACAUCCGCUAUCGUGACCAUGUCAUCCAGUUCGAGGACGUGCCACUUGUGACGCCGAACGGCGACGUGUUGGUGCCUUCGCUCAACAUCAAGGUUCAGUCUGGAAUGAAUGUCGUUGUCGCAGGACCCAACGGUUGUGGCAAAAGCUCGCUCUUUCGUAUUCUCGGCGAGCUGUGGCCAAUGUUUGGCGGACAGCUAACAAAGCCGGAGCGUAACGGAUUGUUCUACAUCCCCCAGCGUCCGUAUUUGACGUUAGGCACUCUUCGCGAUCAGAUUAUCUACCCUCAUUCACUCAAGGAUAUGCAGGCAUGUGGGAGGACGGACGCAGACUUAUCGCAUUACCUCGAGAAGGUUCAGCUGGGUCACCUGGUCCAACGUGAAGGUGGAUGGGAUGUUGUCCAUGACUGGGCAGACGUUCUCUCCGGCGGUGAGAAGCAGCGCGUGGCUAUGGCACGCUUAUUUUACCACAAGCCUCAGUUUGCUAUCCUGGACGAAUGCACAUCUGCUGUCAGCGUUGAUGUCGAAGGUGCAAUGUACAGCUUCUGCCGCGAGCAGAACAUCACGUUGUUUACUGUGUCGCACCGCAAGUCGUUGUGGGCGUACCACGAAUAUGUACUCCGGUUCGAUGGCCGCGGCCACUACGAAUUCAAGAAAAUAGACAAGGCCGACGAAGCUUUCGGCUCUUAG